UCGAUUACGUGUGUCGUCGCCGCUCGUCGCUCGAUCAUCUUGUUUAUAUUUCGUUUUUCGCAAGAAAAUUAAAGAAAAUGUCAGGACGUGGAAAGGGAGGAAAAGUCAAGGGAAAGGCGAAGUCCCGUUCGAGCCGUGCCGGUCUUCAGUUCCCCGUCGGCAGGAUCCAUCGUCUCCUCCGUAAAGGAAACUACGCCGAACGCGUCGGUGCCGGAGCUCCCGUCUACCUCGCCGCCGUCAUGGAAUAUCUGGCCGCCGAAGUUCUCGAGUUGGCAGGAAACGCCGCCAGAGACAACAAGAAGACCAGGAUCAUUCCCAGACAUUUGCAGUUGGCGAUCAGGAACGACGAAGAGUUGAACAAGCUCCUUUCCGGAGUGACGAUCGCCCAAGGCGGCGUUCUGCCCAACAUCCAGGCGGUCCUCUUGCCCAAGAAGACCGAAAAGAAGCCUUAA